CGAGGAAGUGUGUGUGUGUGUGUGUGUGUGUGUGUGUGUGUGUGUGUAGGUGGGCUGUGUGUCCACCUCCCUCUCUUCAUUUCCUGAAUCCUGCUCCGACAUGAGCGAACACUAAUGACUUGAAAAGUGGAAAAUGAAACCUUAAGCUUAGCUCCACCCCUCUGUGUUCUGACAACAUCCACCAAUGGGCUGAGGGUGUGGGUGGGGCCAACCUGAGUUCUAAGAUGCUAUUGGAGGAGACACUCAUCAAGCGCUCUCAGCAGAAGAAGAGGACAUCGCCUCUGAACUACAAAGAGAGACUGUUUGUCCUCACUAAGAACAGGCUGACCUACUACGAUGGAAAAGCACAGAAGAAGUUCAGAAGAGGCUCGAUUGAGCUGAGUCGAGUCAGAUGUGUGGAAAUCGUCAAAAACGGAGGAAGAAUCAUUCCCUGUCAGAACAAGUACCCAUUUCAGGUGGUGUAUGAUACUAACACACUUUAUGUUUUCGCUCCGAGUCACGACAGCAGAAGCAUCUGGGUCCAGAGCCUGAAAGAGGAAAUAAAAGACAACCCAGAGGUCUUGACCAAGUUUCACCCCCAGUUCUGGCAGGAGGGGGCGUGGCUUUGUUGUCGUCAGGCAGAAAAACAGGCCCCGGGCUGCGAGGAGUACAAUCAGUUUGGAGACAUUUCCAGAAAACCUUUACCCCCCAUUCCUGGAAAGGAACGGAAAGAUGGGAGGCAGCAACCUCCCCGACCCCCGACCCCUGUCGAUGAUGAUGAUGAUGAUAACGAUGAUGAUGAGGAUGAGGAUGAGGAUGAGGAUGAGGAGGAUGAGGAAGAGGUGGUCGUGGCUCUGUAUGGCUUCCCUGCCACCGAACCACAUGACCUGAGUCUGGUCAAAGGAGGCGAGUACGUCAUCCUUGAGAAGAGCGACGUCAACUGGUACAAAGCACGAAACCAGUACGGUGAAGAAGGCUACAUCCCCAGUAACUACGUCACAGAGAAAGAAUCAGGAAACCUGGUGCAGUUUGUUUGGUUCAGUAAACAAGUCAACAGGAACAAGGCUGAGGAGCUGCUGAGGAAGGAGGACAAAGAAGGAGCCUUCGUGGUGAGAGACUCCAGCACUGAAGGAUCCUUCACCGUGUCUCUGUACGCCAAGUCCACCGCAGGGGAGGGAGGAGCGGUGAUAAAACAUUACCACAUCAAGGAGACGCAGGAUUCACCUCCUCAGUUUUACUUGGCAGAGAAACACUUGUUCAGCUCCAUCCCUGAACUGGUCGAGUACCACAAACACAACGCAGCAGGUCUUGUAGCACGGUUGCGGUAUCCCGUCAGAAAACAGGACAGAUCGGCUCCGUCCACGGCCGGUUUCAGCUACGAGAAGUGGGAGAUCGACCCCGGCGAGCUGACCUUCAUGAAGGAGCUGGGCAGCGGUCAGUUCGGUCUGGUGAGGCUGGGCAAGUGGAGGGCGCAGCACAAAGUGGCCAUCAAGACCAUCAGAGAGGGCGCCAUGUUGGAGGAGGACUUCAUCGAGGAGGCCAAGGUCAUGAUGAAACUGUCCCACCCCAAACUGGUGCAGCUGUACGGGGUGUGCAGUCAGCAGAGUCCCAUCUACAUCGUCAGCGAGUUCAUGGAGCAGGGCUGCCUCCUCAACGUCCUCCGGCAGCGGCAGGGCAGCUUCAGCCUGGCGUCCCUGCUGAGUAUCUGCCUGGACGUCAGCGAGGGCAUGGAGCACCUGGAGGCCAAUGGCUUCCUCCACAGAGAUCUGGCGGCCAGAAACUGUUUGGUGAACGACGCUCUGGUGGUGAAGGUGUCUGACUUCGGCAUGGCCAGGUACGUGUUAGACAACCAGUACACCAGCUCAUCAGGUGCCAAGUUUCCAGUGAAGUGGUCGCCUCCGGAAGUCUUUAACUUCUGCAGAUACAGCAGCAUGUCGGACGUCUGGUCGUUCGGCGUGUUGAUGUGGGAGGUUUUCACCGAGGGUCGUAUGCCAUUUGAACGGCAUCAGAACCAUGAGGUGGUUACCUUGGUAACCCGCGGUCACCGCCUUUACAGACCAAAAAUGGCCACGCCCACCAUCUAUGACAUCAUGCAGCUCUGCUGGCACGAGAGAGCGGAGCAGCGUCCGUUGUUCUCUCAGCUCUGCAGGAUGAUCUCUGACGCUCUGGAAGGAGACGUCCCUCCUGCGAACUGACCUCGUCCACCGUCUCUGCUCAGCUCUGAACAUCUCGACCUUAACUGCUGCUCCUCUCAGAUGUGAACUUAAAAACUGCCUCUGACGGAGGAAACCUGUCCACCUCAUGGUUUCCUCUGAUCCUGGUUGAUGACUAAAGAAGAUCUCACUCAGUAUCAUCUGUUUUCAUGUCAUUAACAUCCUGUAAAUUCAUAUUCAAAUACAAUAGAGGAAAUAAAUGAUGUCUCACAGCUUC